CCAGGUCAAUGUUUAACUGGACUCACCAUAUGUGGAGAUGGAGGUGUUACCAUGGAAAUGGGUGCACAUUUGGCUUUUGGUAUGUCUCUCUCUCUCUCCGUGUGUGUGUAUUUGUGCGUGCGUUCUGACAGAAAAAUACCAUUGAAGGACCUUGACCACCUUCACCUCAAAAAGCGAUUGAAGAAAUGGAACUGUAUGGAUCCCAAAGCUAACAUCUACCCCUUGUUGAGGGCCCUCUUCCUGAGGAGAUCUUGAAUUUGCCUUUGCACUUUCAACCUCUUUUGAGCAGCUAUAUGGCCGUUCAAAAGUGCCACCUCUGCACCAAGCGGUUCCAGGGUCGUAGGAUUGAUCUUUGUCCCCCCAUUUUAAGGACUACCUUUCUGCAUUUUUGAGUCCGAGGAUUGAAAUAUAGGUUGCUGUUGUUGUUAUUAUUAUUUACUAGAAGGUUUGGCCAUUCUUUCUUUUGAAAGUGAGUCAUCCGUAACCCAGAAAGAUGGGUUUGAAUUCGUCCAAGGCUCGUAGGAAGGUGACCAAGGUGGCCCCGAUGUCAAGCAAAGCGGAAAGACUGGAUGCCUCCAGCAGUGUGGCUGUGUAUACGUUCCAGAAUUCUCCUCAAGAGAUGCGUCAGACUUCAGUUACCUCCUGGAUGGGGAGAAAUCCGGUAUUGGAAAGGCACCUUCCUCCACUGAGAGAAACAUGGCAAGGAAGAUAUGCCACAGGGCCCCGGCCUCUUCCGUUAGACCUGACGACAGAAUGGGGAGAAGCAAGCAUCAUCAAGCAGCACCCUCCACGAAGGCUGCAGAAGCUGAAGCCUUUCAUUCUUGCAAAUGACACCCCUCCAGACAAGUACGCGAGUCUGCAAGGUGGCACGGCAGCAUGCAAAGCAAAGAAGGAGCUAGAGAAGGGAGGGGAAGCCGUUAUCCACCCUGCAGGAAGACGGCAGUAUUUGCUUAAGAUGAAGAUGCUGGAAAUAAGGAAAGAGGCAGAAUUGAAGCGGCGCCUGCACCAGGAAGCAAGACUCAAUCAGCCAAAAACAAGGGACCUCAACAUUCAGGGGACUCGUGGGCAUGUGCAGAUAAAUAAUAGCAGUGAGGAUGACGAAGAUCUAUUUGCCAUUGAGCGUGACCAAACGUUUAAUGGACACCAUGAUGAUUUAUGGAGCGGUGGACUCUAUAAAGAGCACAGACCACCUGAAUCCCAUCUUGGCCAGAGAGGUAAAGUGGAGACGUGGCUGCUAAAGCAGCAGGCCAGAAGAGAAUCCUCUUCGGAUGCUUCAAGCACCGACUCCGAUACCUGGAACGGCUUUGGGAAACCUUGCCGGAGGCCUGCCUUAGUGAGAACCAAGACGGAGAGGAUCGCCCUUUUUGACGAGUUUUUCGAUCGAGAGUUCUGAGCUAAGGGUGCCGUGCAAAAGGCCAAGCGGCCAUGACUCUUACAUGGGAAUUGUAGUCCCCACACAUCUGGAGGGCAUGAGGUUGGGGAAAGCUGGUGGGUUCAAUAAAUAGGCCUUGCCCACCCCUUCCAAGAACCUGAGGUCUGCAGCAGGUUUAAGCUGGUAUUAUCGUCUUUCCCUUUUCUCAGGUCACCCUGGGAAGUGUAGCAUUGUAGGGAGGGUGUCUUUUUUGUAAGUCUCAGCUCAUUACCAGAGCACAGGUCCCAAUAUUCUUUGUGGGGAAGCCAUAAAAACCAAUGGGGCAUGAAGCCAAUACAGGUUUGUACUGCACAUAGACUAGGGUGACCAUAGGAAAAGGAGGACAGGGCUCCUGUAUCUUUAACAGUUGUAUUGAAAAGGGAA